ACAAAGUGGGCUGGGUGAGGGGAGCAGAAGGUGGCGGCGGCGCUGGCGAUGAUGGAAUUGUGCGACUGUAGCUGCAGCAGAGAGUCGAACACCUCCAGCGAACCAGAAGGCAGCUGCUGAUCGGAGGCAAACAGCUGGCCUGCACCGCUCAGAGAUGUGGGCUCUGGGGAUAUUUGCUGUCCUGGGACUCAGCUGGACGUGUGAAGCUGCUCCUGGCGAUCCGUGGGGUCAGUGUCCAGUCAAACGAGAGUGUAGCAGCAAGUUUGGAGACGGAACGUGUGACGUUCGGUGUCUGGAGCCUGAGUGUCUUCAAGACGGCUUCGACUGCCUGAAGGAGAGGGGCUCCUGCAAUCCAGGCCACGUCCAGUACUGCCGCCACAACUACGCCAACUCCCACUGCGACCAGGGCUGCAGCAGCGCCUCCUGUGGCUGGGACGGCAGCGACUGCUUCAGGCACCAGAGCCCGCUGUGGGCCAGAGGCACCCUGCUGCUCCACACCAGCGUCCCGCACCAGCGCGGCGCCGCCUCCAACAGCUCGCUGCUCUGGGCGCUCAGCAUGGUCCUCCAGUCGCCGCUCAUACUGAGAGGCUCCGCCCCCCUCGCCGCCAACAGGGACCUGUUCGACAUUGAACCUCAGAAGCUCGCGAACCUCCAGGCUCAGGCAACGCCGGCUGAUUCCAAUGGUUCGCUCCUCUUCCUCCAAGUGGACAACAGGCCGUGCUCCCGCCAGCCCUCUACCUGUUUCCUCUACGCUACGGAGGCUGCCAGCUUCCUCCGUGCCGUGAAGUCUCUGAAGCCCAGCUGGAUGUCUGCCUACCGCGAGCUGUCGGCCAUCAUCAGCGUCAGAGGCGUCCGAGAGGAAAUAGGAAGCAGAGAGGAGGAUGUGGCACAUGAGGAAGUCAAAGAGCCGCUCCCCGUGUGGAUAUGGGGCGUGGUUGCCGUGGCGAUCGGCCUGCUGCUGGCGCUGCCCGCGCUGAUGUUUCUGGUGGUGAGGAGGGUGAGGCAGCAUCGGGCGGCGAGGGAGGCCCACAGCAGCGCGAGGCACAGGCCCAAAGCCGCCGACAGCGACGGCAGAGCCAAGGGCUGGACGACGCACGCGGUCCAUCACGAGCACCGGCUCAGAGGCAGCAGGGACAAAGACAAGAUCAACCUGAAGAAGAAGAAGAAAGCGAAGGAGGCGGAGAAGAAGCGGAGGAGGGAGCCGCUGGGGGAGGACGCCAUUCGAAUGCGACCUCUCAAAAGGGACCUGGAGGUCGGCAGUGACACAGACUUCACCCAGAGCUCGAUGGAAGACGUCAGCGUCAGGUACUCCAAGCGCCAAGAGGAAGUCUCCAUCUGCGACCACCGCAGCCCGGAGCAGAAACAGUACCGCGCCGGGGGCUCGCAGGCCCGCAGACCCGCCCAGCCGUCUCCCAGCGGAUGGGAGAGGAACGCCAUGCCUCCCCCCCUGCUCAGUCCUCCUCAGCAGUCAGCGGAGUGGUGCGGCCCUGACGGCUCCGUGGUUCUGAUCCGAGCGGUGCGGAGCGGGCUGGACAGGGUGGUCCUGGAGCUGCUGCGAGCGGGAGUGCCAGUAAACAACACGGAUCACACCGGGAGGUCAGCCCUGCACUGGGCAUGCUCAGUCAACCACCUCUCCCUAACCAGGACCCUCAUUCGCUACGGGGCUGCGGUGGACCUGCAGGACAACAAGGGCGAAUCAGCGCUCUUCCUUUCAGCCCUCCACGGUUGCUAUGACACUGCCAGGCUUCUCCUCCUUCACGGCGCUAACUUGGAGCUACACGACUGGAGAGGACGCCGGCCCAUGGACGUGGCCAGGGAGGGCAUGCACCACCAGGUCCUGGAGCUGCUGCUGGCUCACCAGAUCCAGAGAGGCCCGGUUCCCGUGGACACGCCCGGUGACGUGCUGUGGGAGGAGCGUGGCCUGAUGUACUCGCCCUGGGCUGGAUCACAGGGCCUACCUGGACGGAGCGCUUCCUUCUCUGGGAUCAUAGGCCACAGAGAUAUGACGCCGCCACCACAGAACAACUGGUUGAUGCCUGGAGUGCAGUACCCUGCCCCUCAGAACUGGCGACCGCAGCUCAACCAGUCAGCAACAGCGCUGGUUCCGCCGAGGGUCAUGGGCCGCUCCCCUCGGCCAAUCAGCACGCUGCAGGAGGUGACCUCAGAAGACGAGGAUCGUGACAGACACCACGAAGCUCCCAGAGCCACGACGCCUCACUUCCUGUCGCCCCAGCCGGCCCCUCGGCAGCGUUCCUUUUCCUGCACCCAGCAUGCAUUGCAGCGUCGGCCCAGCGGCCACCAGCCAGAGCCCAAUUACAUUAUUGUGACAGACAGAACAGCCAACGAGCCCAUAGAAAGAGUCGUGGUCUCACCGCCCACAGACACUGUUGCGCCGUCAGAUCGACAGCCAGCCAAUGAAAAUCCCCACAGAGCAGAACAAGCUGCUGUGAGUCCAACAAGUACAGAACAGAAAUCUAGAGGUGAGAGGCUGAACAACACCACUGACUCCACACAGACAGCCUUGUAGAGAAGAGGAGGGAGGGACUCCAACCCAGUCAUUUAAUGCAGAGUGGCAUUUGGAGAUAACUGGUCUGAACCUCUGUUGUUUCAGCUUUGCUACAUAUUUACUUUCUAAAAAAAGGGUUGUUGAUAUGUUUGAAUGUACUGCAACAUGGACAAAUAAACAUGUCUGACAUAAA